AUGAACGCUCCUUUGCACAAAAAGCCAAUUAACCUCCUCCGAGGCUGGCCCUCGCCCUCCCUCCUCCCAGCCGCCGCCCUCUCCGCCGCCGCCGUUAAGACCCUGGCCGACCCCGCCGCCUACGUCCCGGGGCUCCAGUACGGUCCGGACCCGGGAUACCAGCCUCUCCGCGAGUCCAUCGCCCGCUGGCUGGCGGAAUUCUACCCCGCCGUCGACCCCGCACCUCCGUCGGCCGCCGAUGAUGCUACCAGCACCAGCACCAGCACCAGCGUCGCUGCCGGCCACCACCCGCCCGACGUCCGGCGCAUCUGCGUCACGGGCGGCGCGAGCCAGAAUUUGGCGUGUAUCUUGCAGUCCUUUACUGAUCCGCUCUACACGAAGAAUGUCUGGAUGGUGGCGCCGUGUUACUUUCUCGCCUGCCCCAUCUUUGCUGACGCUGGAUUCGACGGGCGCUUGAAGGCUGUUCCCGAGGAUGAUGAUGGUAUUGAUAUUGAGUACUUGAGAAAGGGGCUCGAGGCCGCAGGAGAAGGCGGCGAUGAGCACUUCAAAGAGGCCAAAAAGAGAAAACUCUACCGCCACAUCAUCUACCUGGUCCCAACCUGUUCCAACCCAACAGGCAAAACAAUGUCCCUCAAGCGCCGCCAUGAGCUCGUCCACCUCGCCCGCAAGCACGACGCCCUCCUCGUCUCCGACGACGUCUACGACUUCCUGCAAUGGCCCCUCUCCACGGCCCCGGAACCAGGCUACACGCCCGAAAUGCGCAUCCCCCGCCUCGUAGACAUUGACCGCAGCCUAGGCGUCCCCGACGCCUCCUUCGGCAACGCAGUCUCUAACGGCUCUUUCAGCAAAAUCGUCGCCCCGGGUGUGCGCACGGGCUGGGCGGAGGGCAGUCCCGCGUUCGCGUACGGGCUAUCGCAGACGGGAUCGACUUGCAGCGGUGGCGCGCCGAGCCAGCUGGCUGCCAUGAUGGUCGCUGAGCUCCUCGAGAGCGGGGAGCUGCAGAGGCAGCUUGACGAGGCGACGCGCCCUGCGCUCGCGAGGCGGCACGGGGCUAUGAUGGCUGCUAUUGCGGAGUAUAUCCGACAGCCGCUGGGCGAGGGUGUUGUUGUGCGUGGGUCGGCGUUGAAGGGGGCCGAGGUGUUUGGCGGGUACUUUGUGUGGUUUAGUUUGCCGGAGGGCAUGUCGAGUCGGGAGGUUGCUGUGCGGGCUAAAGAGACAGAGAAUCUUGUGGUUGGGCAUGGCGCGCAGUUUGAGGUGCAUGGGGAUGAGGAUGCUGCGAGGUUUGAUCGGGAGAUUCGGUUGUGUUUCUCGUGGGAGCCGGAGGAGGAUGUUGUGGAGGGUGUUAAGAGGCUGGGAGCGGUGUUGAAGGCUAUGAAGGAUGGUGUUGCGUGGAAGUCCUCGAGCACGUUGGACGUAGAUAACGUCAAAUAA